AUGUACGUUAUCCCUGUAUACUUUGUGGGAACGCAGCACGAAGGCCUUCAGGGUGACGAAGAACAGCUUAUUGAAGAACAGUCGGCUGAGAUAAUUCAUCUCGAUCUGUACAUCCGAACAAACCACAAAGCAUUGCUGUUCCUCUGUUCUCAUUUCGACCGCCUACUCACAGGCGCAAAGACGGCAAGGUGGUUUUCCACGUCCCUGCUGAAGGAGGCAUACUGCAAUGUUGACCUUGAGCGCCUGGUUCUGAUGCUGUCUCUUCUUUGGGGGAGGUUCCGUUCCAAACUGGAGGGAAGGCAGAUGGAAUCUGAGGCGUGGAAACCACCCGACUCAUUUGUUCGGGUCACAACCAAGUACUGGGUUAGACCAGAAAACAUUGUGCGGGCACAAUGCCUAAUUGUGCGGCAUUUGCCAUUUCUCGUAUUUGGGACAUCUGAUAAAGACUUGGAGGCGUCACUGCUUGGUCCCGAGGCUACGGCAAACGGGCACAACUUCAGGGGCCCGAAUCUUGCACCGACACAGAUGGUGGCGUCAGUGUACUUCGACAGUUCAAGCGCCUACAGCUACGAGCGCCGCAUAAGGCGGUUUGAAGGCGCCCAACUACUAAGGUUUCGUUGGUAUGGCACCAACAACAAUGGCCCAGACGAGGACAUCUUCAUCGAGCGGAAGACUCACCACGAGUCUUGGAGUGGCAUGAGCAGCACGAAGGAGCGAUUUGUAGUCCCUCAGCGGCUUGUUGCGCCGUACAUGCUGCUGCAGCGAAGUGCUCGAGAUCUACUGCUGGAGGCCUCAGGCUUUCAUUUUCCAGCAACUGACCGCGGGACCGCUUCAGAACCUUCAAUGGUACAUGAGCAUAGUGGGCUUCUCUUCCCUAUGAAUGGCGAUGCUGAGAGAAGUGCCGCUGAUGCCUACAUUGCGAGAAAUGGAAAGCUGAAAAAAGCUAUAGAAUUGGGGGAAGAGAUACAACGGGCAAUCGCAGAACACCAUUUGCAACCGAUGGUACGUAUUUCCCUGGACACGAAUCUUUGCAUGGUCAACGAGUACAGGCCUCAGAGACAAGAAGAUGGAGGCUUUAACUGGUGCCGACUUGCAGACGAAUUGCUGGGGAGGGACGAAGUUGUGCGCUUCCCGUAUGCCAUUCUUGAAGUGAAGGUUCAGCAACAACCGUCGCCGGCUUGGGUGGAGUCGAUGCUUUUGUUGUCAGACGCAACACUGGUGUACAAAUUUUCCAAAUUUCAACACGGGAUGGCAUUUUUGCAUCGCGACAAGAUAUCUAGCGGGCUUCUGCCUCACUGGUUGCAGAGUCCGCAAUCUGCGCAGCGACAGGAAGAGCAGCCCUCAGCGUCCAAGAAGCGCGGUACCUUUGGGGUGCCUCCUUUAGGCGGUUCUCUUUUUGAGUCAUUGCGCAAUAGCCCCGACAGCCUCUUGACUCCUUUAACUCGCAGUCUAACCGACCAGCAAGCGCCCCGGUUUUUGACUUCCGACGCACUUGGAAUGGAGACCCGGAGCCUCUUCCCUGUAGGCGAAAGUGAGGCAGUGGUCGAGGCUGAUCCAGACUGGGAGGAUGUGACGGCAACAGCAGCGCACCGCACCUUUUGUUGGCUGAGGGCGCAACAAAAGCUGCAGCUGCAGCAGGCACCGCGUGCCAUAGGGCAGGAGGCGUCUGUAGAGGAGGAGUUCGAAGAUGAGCACCCCCGGGCAAACAGCGCGAGCAGCGCAGAUUCGAUGCGCCAACGGCUAGCGCGCCGGCACAUACGGACCGUCAAGAAGAUCGACCCCAAGACAUCCUUCGCUGCGGAACGCACAUUUCUGCAUUACAUUCAAAAGGGGCUUUACUUGGCAGGAGCUAGCCUUGCCUGUGUGGAAACUCUCUCCGGAGACUGGGGAUUGGGUGUGGUACUAAUACUAGCUUUUGCGAGCGUCCUUCUGUGCUGCGGCGCCUACGCCAUCUAUGUCAAACGAUGCCGUCGAAUAUCCCAGAGAGUUGCGAAAGCAGGCGCAGCUAACGUGCAACAACGCAUAGAUUCGCAGUGGGGACCUUUGCUGGCGUUUUUCGCUGCCGGCGUGGCCACUUUGUUGGUGCUGCUGCUUCAGGUGGAUGUCAGUUUGAGAAAUGUUUUGAAGCAUGAACAGGCAGAAGAUUCGGCAAUCUACAAACAGAAGCGGCAUGCAGAGCCGAAUUUAGCCCGGCAGCCUGCGAACGAGCUGUAG